AGGGCACAACAACCUUUACAGUAGUCACUCCCGGGUGAGUCAGGAACUGCAAGCGUUCCUAGGGCACAACAACCUUUACAGCAGUCACUCUCAGGUGAGUCAGGAACUGCAAGCGUUUCCCAGGCACAACAACCUUUACAGCAGUCACUCCCGGGUGAGUCGGGGACUGCAAGCGUUCCCCAGGCACAACAACCAUUACAGCAGUCACUCCCGGGUGAGUCAGGAACUGCAAACAAUCCCCAGACACAACAACCUUUACAGUAGUCACUCCCGGGUGAGUCAGGAACUGCAAACAAUCCCCAGGCACAACAACCUUUACAGUAGUCACUCCCGGGUGAGUCAGGAACUGCAAACAAUCCCCAGAGACAACAACCUUUACAGUAGUCACUCCCGGGUGAGUCAGGAACUGCAAACAAUCCCCAGACACAACAACCUUUACAGUAGUCACUCUCAGGUGGGUCAGCGACUGCAAACAAUCCCCAGGCACAACAACCUUUACAGUAGUCACUCUCAGGUGAGUCAGGAACUGCAAGCGUUCCCCAGGCACAACAACCUUUACAGCAGUCACUCUCAGGUGAGUCGGGGACUGCAAGCGUUCCCCAGACACAACAACCAUUACAGUAGUCACUCCCGGGUGAGUCAGGAACUGCAAGCGUUCCCCAGACACAACAACCAUUACAGUAGUCACUCCCGGGUGAGUCAGGAACUGCAAGCGUUCCCCAGGCACAACAACCUUUACAGCAGUCACUCUCAGGUGAGUCAGGGACUGCAAGCGUUCCCCAGACACAACAACCAUUACAGUAGUCACUCCCGGGUGAGUCAGGAACUGCAAGCGUUCCCCAGACACAACAACCUUUACAGUAGUCACUCCCGGGUGAGUCAGGAACUGCAAGCGUUCCCCAGACACAACAACCAUUACAGCAGUCACUCCCGGGUGAGUCAGGAACUGCAAGCGUUCCCCAGGCACAACAACCUUUACAGCAGUCACUCUCAGGUGAGUCGGGGACUGCAAGCGUCUCAGACACAACAACCUGUACAGCCGUCACUCUUGGGUGAGUAAGGGACUGCAAACGUUCCCCAGACACAAAAACCUGUACAGCAGUCACUCUCGGGUGAGUAAGCGACUGCAAACGUUCCCCCAGACUCAACCACCUGAACAGCAGUCACUCUCAGGUGGGUCAGCGACUGCAAACAAUCCCCAGACACAACAACCUGUAUAGUAGUCACUCUCGGGUAAGUCAGGGACUGCAAGCGUUCCUCAGACACAACAACCUGUACAGCAGUGACUCUCGGGUGAGUCAGGGACUGAAAGCGUUCCCCAGACACAACAACCUUUACAGCAGUCACUCUCGGGUGAGUCAAGAACUGAAAGCGUUCCCCAGACACAACAACCUGUACAGCAGUCCCUCUCGGUUGAGUCAGGGACUGAAAGCGUUCCCCAGACACAACAACCUGUACAGCUGUCACUCUCAGAAUCAUGUCGAAGGUGUGUCCGUGGAAAUCUGCAAUAUUAUGACCCUGUUGGGCUAUGGGGAAGAGAUCAGACGGAGACGUGGUGAGAAGUACAUGGAAAAUGAUAUGCUUGUGGGCGCAACACCCAGUAAUUCAACUCAAUUAACAGCUGGCAGCAAGGCCGAGGGGUUGACCUGCUUGGCAGAAAGCGAUCGUGACCUCUUACUCGUGCUAAAGAGUGUCCUCUGUGUGGAAGACGGAGUCGAUGUACACACCAUACCAGACGACAUAGAAGUAUACAGCAUGGAUACACGUGUAUACCCAGGACACUGCAGGAUGUUAUUGGAGAGACCUGGUUCAUCGCGUUUGAAUUUUAUUAAUAAUGCUCUUUGUGAUAUCGGAGAUGGGAACAGUUUACUAAGCAGCGGUUUCGUUCUUGAUGAAACGUCAAAAAUCAAACACGAAGGUGUUCAACUUGAACGCUCGGGGCCUUCACUACCGAUGUCAACAGGACUAGGAUAUGAUAUCGACAUAGUGUGGGCAGUACGCUGUCAAUGCCCCGGCAUCCUGCAGAGAUGGGCUCAACGAUCUCGACAUUGGCCGCCACCGGAUGUCGUGCUGAAAGUUGUAUCAUUGGGAUCAGUUGUUACCCCCAUAGGACAUAAAGGAAGUGAAUACAGCUAUUUAGAGUGGAGGAUUUGCUUUAACAUGGGUGAAACGGAACUCGUUAACAAUCUUAAUGGCACUCAGGCAAAAUUAUAUGUACUUCUAAAAAUGAUUGUAAAAGAAGUCCUGAAACCAAAAAAGAAAGAAAUAACAUCCUAUGUGCUGAAAAAUAUAAUGUUUUGGCAAGCUGAACGCAAUCCACCCGCAAUUUUUCAAGAAAAGAAUUUGAUCCACUGGUUACACGACGCACUGGGAACACUUAGAACUGCAAUAUCCUCUACACAGAUGCCAUACUACAUGAUUCCAGAGCGAAAUCUGAUGGCAGCGCGUGGAUUGCAUGAUGAACAACAGCGUAAAUGGGUAACAUAUAUCAAGGACAUGAUGGAGGAAGGACCGAGGGUUAUACUUAGGUUGCCGAGGAUUCGACAGGCCAUUAUCGGUCACCCAGAGCCACUGCUGUGGUUCUGCAAGAGGAGGAUUGAGCUGGAGAUGCUGCAGCUGGGAUGGAUGAACAGAAUGGUGCAAUGUAGAGAUGAAAACGGGAAAUGUGAUGACACGGAUGUCAUCCUUGAGAUAAUAUGUAGACGGCAGGAUGAAAUAUUAAGCGAAGUUUAUCUACGGAUGUUUAUGGAAGGCAGCGCUCCAAAUGAUCAGGAAGACAUAAUGUACAGAAUGUUGUUGUAAAAUGAAUUGUACUGAUAUUUUCAUUUUCCCACACAUGUAAAAAUUUAUUGAACGUGUGUUGCGUCAGAUGUUCCUUUAUUUUAUGUUAAGUUGUAUAACAUACAAAACAAACUGUGAGAUAACCAACACUCUGUGGGGUGUAAUACUAUAUUAAGUGGAAUACGUUAAAACGAAAUGUUAGUUCUCGGUGUGACAUUAAAUACUAAUGUGGUGAAAAGAAACAAACAAAAUAUAUUCUCAAAUAAAUUA